CGCUGCCUGGCGACGCAGUUCGCCUCUUUCGGUGCCGCCGCCGCCGCCAUGUCUCGGUACGCUCGCCCGCCCAACAGCUCCCUCUUCGUUAGAAAUGUCGGCGAUUGCACCAGGCCUGAGGAUUUACGUCGUGAGUUUGGUCGCUAUGGCCCAAUAGUAGAUGUUUACGUUCCCCUUGACUUCUACACUCGACGUCCAAGAGGAUUUGCAUAUAUACAAUAUCCUUUCUUCAGCAGUUCUCCUAAGCAAGUGAAGCAGACAUUUACUUCCUGGAAAAUUGAUUUGGUUUCCUUCCUUAAAUGUAAUCUCAUGUUUGUCUUAAUUGGAUUUGCAAUUUAUAGGCACAGACGUCGCCAUCGUUCCUAUUCUAGAUCAAGAUCCAGGUCACGAUCUAGAUCCCGCUCGAGAUCCAGAUCAAAAUCCGUAUCAAGAUCAAAAUCAGCAUCUAGAAAGGAUUCUAAGACACGAUCACAAUCAAGGUCAUGCAGCCAUUCAAGGUCCAGAUCUAGAUCUAAGUCGAGGUCACUGAGCGGCCACAAGUCUGAUAGUCACCAUGAGGACUGAAACAGUGGAUAGUCGUUCAUCAACUUGCAGCUUCCAUUUGAGCUUUUCUUUUUGUUUUGGGGGUCUUGUAGUUAAGAGAAGGUGGGUACUGUUUUAUGACUACAGGAAGAUUUAGUG